CCGGGAACCAAUAGGGAGUCAGCCGCGGGACGCGGCUCUGCAAUCUGAGAGCGCGGCGGAGCUGCCGGAACCGUGAUGGACUCUGAUGUGGCUGAUCACAUGACCCGUCUGAAGCUCAAACUUCUUGAGAAGAAAUUAGAAAAUGAACGUGAAAACUUGGAUGACUUUGAAUCACCCUUCUCUGAAACAAGGAAUUAUGAUGAGCAUGGCUAUGCCUUACAAAGUGCACUGAGAAGAAGGAAAGAUCUUCUACAGCAGCUCAGAGAGCAAAAUCUUUUGGAAGAACUUUCAGUACCACCCAGUUUACCAAGGAUUCAUAAAAAACCCUUGAAGCCACAACAUAUCUACCAAAUUCCUUCUCUUUCUCCUCCUCCUCUUCCCCCUCCACCCAUACCUGAGCAACCAAGAAUCAUCCAGCAAACAUUACCACAGCAACCAGCGACCAUAAUUCAACAAAUACCUUCAAAUCCACCACUCAUUACACAGAUUCCAUCUCCCCAGUCCUUCUCAGCACCUAGAUCUGGGAGUAUUAAAGAAGAGAUGGUAGAAAUGAUGCUGAUGCAAAAUGCACAGAUGCACCAAAUCAUUAUGCAGAACAUGAUGCUGAAAUCUUUACCACCAUCUUAUUCACCAGCUAGUGGGUACGGGGUCCCUAUGCUUCAGCAUGGACAACAGUUUACUGCUCCAGUUCCAAUAAGAAUGGAGAAAUCACGACCAUCAACCGUACAUCAUCACCACUACACAUCUUUAGGAGCACCAGUUAUUCCUUCUCAAAGUGGCUUUCCCAUGUGGCCUUUAGUUCUGCAACCUGGUCCUAGCCCACAGCUGGGAGGUUUCCCAUCUGAAAUACAUAAUCUACCCAUUCCAGCGAAUGCAUCGCACACUGUGCCAACCCACGGACUGCUUGGAUUAUCUUCGGGUUUGUAGAUUCCAUUGCAACAGACUAGAAAAGGUGGCUUGCAAAGAGACAUUGAUUACCUAACUGAAACCACUGGAGCGUUCUCAUCUGAUAUUUCACUUCGCUGCAGACAGACAGAAACUAUGCGUAUUUGCUGAGAACACAGGAUUUGCAUUGAGCAUAACAUUUCCACCAGACACAGCAGGCCUAUGCUUCAAUUCUGUUUGGCUAUACCAAGUGAUAAAUAACAUGCACCAUAUCCUGUUUACUCCUGUCAUAGGCAUGAAGGAGGAGGAAGAAUGCCAUGGAAAAGUAGUGCCAGCAUUCAUGGCCAUAUUGGAAACUCAUACCAGUUAUGGGCCACAUAGCAGCAGUCCUAUGAUAAUACUUAGGAAGCAGUGGAGAGACCUUCUUUGUACCCCUUUCUAUCCACCCAACAAUGAUCAAGAUAGGAUGCCAACAACAGAGCCUUUCACUAUAAAGCAGUCUGCAGGAGUGAUCCAUCCACUAAGAGUUUGUGGGAAACCACUGCUCUAAUUGCCCAAUAAAAGGGGAAGGAGAGGUAACAUGGAGCAUAGUAGCACAAACCUUCUCAAACAAUAGAAAUAAUCUUUGGUCAUACAAAGAAAGGGAGUGAUAAAAGUAAGAAAGGUUGAACUGUUAUAAUACCGCACUGACUAGGGCAUAAGGUUUGGAAUCAGGAGCAGCAAAACAAGCUCUACAAGACAGAAUGGGAGGAAAAUAGUUGUAGUUUAGCUAGCAAUAGUGCCAUAAUAUGCAAAAGAGAAGGAGGUCCCAGAAAUCAAAACUAUUCUGCUGGCUGUUCACAAAGAAACUCUUCUAUUGUAAAUAAUAGAGAAGCUAUGGGGCACUGAUCAUCCCCUAGCCAUUUAGUCAUGAGUACCAAAAUAUGCAGAAAGGAACCCUGCACAAGUUAAAUAGUUUUGGGUCUUCUGUGCAGAAUGUCCAAGGUUUAAAACUGUGCUAUGGCCUCUCACCAGGAUUGGCUUGGAGCCCUCCUCACUACCUAAAAAAAAAAUCGUUCCUUAGAUAAUUAAGGAAGUGCUGCAUGAGCCAAUAAUAGGUAUAAAUUUGAUGUCCCUCAGAAGUAUAGUUGGAGUAUAGUUCUCAUCAGUUCCAUCAAGCAUGAUCAGUGAGAAGAGAUUGUGGGAGUUAAACUUCAGAACUUCUGGAAGAUACAGAGGUGCAUAACCUCUUCUCAACAGCCAGGCUCCUGGACGCAAAAGUUCUAGUUCAGGUGAAUCCUUUCCUCCCUCCCUGCAGUAUUAACUGACAGGUGAGCGUUUUCAGGUAACAUCUCAGCAAGGCUUGUUGUCCAACUGUUUUAGGUUAUCUGCUUCAUAUACCAUGGCAACAGUAUUCAUGUCAAUAAGUCUAAGCUAGAAUAGAGAGGCCACUGGUCUUUUAGCUACACACCCCAUAUUCUCAUUCAAUCCUAAAGGCAGUUUGUGCAGGCAUGGAACAAAAUCCUUUUCCCACCCACUUAGUAAACUUGGGAAUUUAUCUCACUAGUGGUUUAAUGCAUCACCCUUCCUGGUAGAAAGGGUUGGUAGAAAGACUCAUUGUGUUGUCCGGGUUACAGCCUCCUCCAGGUCCUCUUUUCAUAAUGCCUUGCCAAUUUCCUCAUGAGUUUGAUGCCAGUAUUUUCAGGCCAGCGUUAUCAACACCUGGCCAGUGGCAUGGCUAGUACGGCAGUGAUCUAAAGAGAAGGUGGUAUUUCACAUCAUUCUACAGGCUUAAGAUUCAUCUCUAGAUAUACUCAUCAGAUAUCACCUGACCUUACCUCCCCAAAAAGAGAUGGUGAAGUUCUUUGUUUUUCUCAUACUUCUUUGCCAAGGUGAGACCUUAUUGGCUUUAGCAGAAAAAGGUGAGAGUUUUUUUUUAAGGAAAAGGAUGGCUCAACAGAAGACUUUAAAUUCUGGGCUAGGGCCAGGAAUAUGUAAUCAGAGGUUUCUGGGAAAGUCUCAUGCCAGUGUAAACUGCCAGUGCAGGAAAGGCAAAAGUCACAUGUACUGUAGUAUAAUUUCUACCUUCAUUGAAAUAUCAGGGAUAUUGAAUACUUCCAGCGAGUGUCAUGGUGAGCUGACAUCCUGCUGGCAGUGGCUGUGUUUACGAGGAAAAUUGCAGCUGGAUACUGGAGCCAGACCAGCAAAAUCUCUCUGGAAGAAGGAGAGGUCAUUGAGAUAACCCACAUGACUCCAGACAGCCACUGCUCAUUAGCAGACUGGAGGAAUUGUUUUGUGGUCGGUUUAUGAGUUGAGUCGCUGGGAGCUGGGUUUACAUCAAGCUCAUAUUCAUAUCACAGCCCUUUAAGGACAUAAAACUCAACUGAACCUCAUUUCUUAAUCACUUACUGGAAUACAUUUUUGUUUUAUUGCACUGGAAAUAUUAAGACAC